AUGAGUCAUUUACUACAAAAACAAUUACUCCAUGCUGCCCAACACGGUUCGGUAGAAGAUUUAAAACUUUUACAUUUACAAAAUAAAGAUAUUUUACACUGGAGUCAAUGCCGUUGUAAAACAACAGGUGAUACACCUUUACAUUUAGCCAGUCAAGAAAAUAAUUUGCAAAUUGUUAAAUAUUUAUGUGAAAUUUGGCUUCCGAGUUGUCUUCAUAUUGUUAACAAAGAUGGAAAGACAGCUUUGCACGAUGCUGCACAGUUUCAUAAUUUGGAGGUGUUGGAGUAUUUAAUAAACAAAGGAGCUGAUGUCAACAAGCUAAAACGUCCAGACUGGACACCCUUAAUGUUAGCUUGUGCCAAAUUAUCAUCUAACCUCCAAAAAGCAUACAAGUGCAUACAAAUCCUAAUUGACAAAAAAGCAGAACGUCUGAUUUCAAACAAAGACGGUUGGACUUGUCUGCAUUUAGCAGCACGUCUUGGAGACGUAAAUAUUUUCAAAAUUAUUUGGCAAAAUAAUAUUGAAGACAUUAUGAUCAAAUCGAAAAAUGGUAGAACUGCACUUCACAUCACAGCCCUUCACGGACAUUUGGAUUUAUUGAAGUAUUUUUUAACAAACGGAAUUACCGAAAAAGAGUUAGAGGUUGCUGAUAAUUGUGGCAAUACCAUUUUUCAUGAUGCUGUCUUGAGUGGAAAUUUAGAUUUGGUCUUGUUGGUACAAAAACAUGGUGCAGAUAUACAAAAGAAAACAAAAUCAGGUCUCACUGCACUUCAUCUGGCAGCUCAAAGUGGAAUGGCACAAGUUUUAAUUUAUUUACUACAAAAUUGUAAUUUUGAUGUAAAUAUUCAAUCAAUUUAUGGAAAAUUUACACCGCUACAUUGUGCUUAUAGAGCCAAACAAUUAGAUAUUGUAGAUUUAUUGUUAAAAUUUAAAGCCGAUCAACAUAGGUUAGAUGAGUAUGGUAGAUUGCCUAAAUCGUACUUAACGUGA